AUGCCGACCGCCGAGUCCGCAGCCUUCCUGGCCAAGAAGCCCACCGUCCCCCCGACCUACGAGGGCGUCGACUUCGAGGACAACGUCGCCGUCCACAACGCCCGCGAUGCGGUCAUCCGUGAGCAAUGGGUUCGCAGCAUGAUGUCCCGCCUGGUGGGCGAGGAGCUGGGCAAGUGCUAUAUGCGCGAGGGCGUGAACCACCUUGAGAAGUGCGGUGCUUUGCGGGAAAAAUACUUCGAGCUCCUCGGCGAGCGCAAGGUUAAGGGAUACUUGGGCCAGGAGAAGAACUACUUCGAGAAGUCCGCAUAA